UUCAAUAUAUUUUGAAGAGGGUUAAUGAGCUAGUACAGCUGUUGUCUGACUAUAGAUGUUCAGGUCCUUGUUCCCAUGCUAAUACAUUUUCUUUUGAAGGGCAGUGGUGCAUUGUACGGCGCACAGCGCCAGCUUUCUCUACAUAAGAGUAACCUGAUUCCUAAGGCAACUGUUGCCAACGACUAAACACUCUUGUUAGCUCGUUUAUGACUUCAGUACCUAUCUAUCUUACUUAACAUGUUAUUGUGCUAGAGGUUUAGACCAGUAUAUUCCUUUUAUGUUUCAAUACUUCACAAGCUACAAGUUUCUGAAACAGUAGCGAUAAGGAGUGCCAUAAAGUUGAGUGACCUUACAGACGUUUUUGUACUAAAACUGGACUCAAUUGGUUGUUGAACACGAGGAAACUACAGAAGGAUACAACUACAGAAUGAAACUACCUGCUGUGCGUCAAACUUCCACUGCCACACCUGUGUCCAUUCCAAGUGCCACACCUAUCCAUCAGAGUCGCUACCUGAUGGUCACAUCUGUGACAUUGCCACUGCUCUCUCCUUCUACUUUGUCUCUUACAGUUAACCAGAGUAUACCUAGACUGGACCCCCUACAUCCACCUCUAGUCCGUAAACGCACUGUCUGGCUGGAGACACUGGCAGUUCACCAUCAUAACCACCAGAGAACAUUGUUCAUGCAGAGAAAAGAGUACUUUAAGUAUCACCAAGUCUGGCGUAAGCCAUUCUAUGGCACCAGCACUGAGAGAGAGGAGUACAGGAAGGAAGUGCGGGAGCAUCUCAAGAGACAGAUAGAGGAGAAAAGGGCGGGGCAGAGCAUGCAGAUGGCCAGUAAGGCUGCAGAGGCGGAGUUUCUGCGGGAAGUAGAUCGCCUAGCUCUGUCCAACGAGAGGGAGAAGAGGGUCCAUCACAGCAAAGAGAUGACACAUUACAGAGAUGAGAACAAGAGGCUGAUGGAGCAGCGCUGGAGGGACAGGGUCUUAACUCGCUCCCUGGAGGCAAUGAGGGAGAAAGAACUGCUGCACCUCAACCCUAUCAACUGGAGCGGCACUCUGAAGUAGACACACAGGCUCAGAUUCUGCUCUGCCACAUCCUAUAACACUACUGCAUGUGUCAACAAAUCAGGGGGGGGGGGUGUAUGAGAUGUCUACAUUUAUGGAAAAGUACAACAAAA